GGGAGGACGAGGGCCGAGCAGCGUGAGGAGAAAGGGCUUGACCAGCAGGAAUUCGGCGAGGGAGAGGUUUUGUGAAUGAAGCUAUGGCUACAGAUUCCCCCAGAAGACCCAGUCGCUGUACUGGUGGAGUCGUGGUUCGCCCCCAGGCUGUCACGGAGCAGUCCUACAUGGAAAGCGUUGUGACUUUUCUACAGGAUGUUGUGCCACAGGCUUACAGUGGAACACCUCUAACAGAAGAAAAGGAGAAAAUAGUCUGGGUCAGAUUUGAAAAUGCAGAUUUAAAUGACACAUCAAGAAAUCUGGAAUUUCAUGAAAUACACAGCACUGGAAAUGAGCCGCCUUUGCUGAUUAUGAUUGGCUACAGUGAUGGAAUGCAGGUCUGGAGCAUCCCUAUCAGUGGGGAAGCUCAGGAGCUCUUUUCCGUUCGACAUGGCCCAAUUCGGGCGGCCAGAAUCUUGCCUGCUCCACAGUUUGGUGCUCAAAAGUGUGACAGCUUUGCUGAAAAAAGGCCCCUCCUUGGAGUUUGUAAGAGCACUGGAUCCUCUGGUACUAGCCCACCUUACUGUUGUGUGGAUCUGUAUUCGCUUCGUACCGGGGAGAUGGUCAAGUCCAUCCAGUUUAAAACUCCUAUCUACGACCUUCAUUGUAACAAACGGAUCCUCGUUGUAGUAUUGCAGGAGAAAAUCGCUGCCUUUGAUAGCUGUACUUUCACAAAAAAAUUUUUUGUCACAAGCUGCUAUCCUUGUCCAGGGCCCAACAUGAACCCCAUUGCCCUUGGGAGCCGCUGGCUUGCUUAUGCAGAAAACAAGUUGAUUCGAUGUCAUCAGUCCCGUGGUGGAGCCUGUGGAGACAACAUUCAGUCUUACACUGCCACAGUCAUUAGUGCUGCCAAAACUCUGAAAACUGGCCUGACAAUGGUUGGGAAAGUGGUAACUCAGCUGACAGGCACGCUGCCUGCAGGUGUGACAGAAGAUGAUGUUGCCAUCCACAGUAACUCGAGGCGGAGCCCUUUGGUCCCAGGCAUCAUCACAGUAAUAGACACGGAAACAGUUGGAGAGGGCCAGGUGCUUGUGAGCGAGGAUUCUGACAGUGAUGGCAUUGUGGCUCACUUCCCAGCUCAUGAAAAACCAGUGUGCUGUAUGGCUUUCAAUACAAGUGGAAUGCUCCUAGUCACAACAGAUACCCUUGGCCACGACUUUCACGUCUUCCAAAUUCUGACUCAUCCUUGGUCCUCAUCACAAAGUGCUGUCCAUCAUCUCUAUACUCUUCACAGGGGAGAAACUGAAGCCAAAGUACAAGACAUCUGCUUCAGCCAUGACUGUCGCUGGGUUGUGGUCAGCACGCUCCGGGGGACGUCCCAUGUUUUUCCAAUCAACCCGUAUGGUGGCCAGCCUUGUGUUCGGACACAUAUGUCACCACGAGUUGUGAAUCGUAUGAGCCGUUUCCAGAAAAGUGCUGGGCUGGAGGAGAUCGAACAAGAACUGACAUCUAAGCAAGGAGGUCGCUGUAGCCCUGUUCCAGGUCUAUCGAGCAGCCCUUCCGGGUCACCUCUGCAUGGGAAACUAAACAGCCAAGACUCCUACAAUAACUUUGCCAACAACAACCCUGGCAACCCUCGUCUCUCUCCGCUCCCCAGCUUGAUGGUGUUGAUGCCUCUUGCACAAAUCAAACAGCCAAUGACAUUGGGGACCAUCACCAAACGAACAGGGCCUUAUCUGUUUGGAGCGGGGUGUUUUUCCAUAAAAGCUCCAUGCAAAGUUAAACCACCUCCGCAAAUUUCGCCCAGCAAAUCGGUGGGCGGAGAGUUUUGCGUGGCUGCAAUGUUUGGAACGUCCAGGUCGUGGGUUGCAAACAGUGCAGGUCUGAAAAGAGAAAAAGAUCAGUCCAAACAAGUUGUCGUUGAAUCUCUCUACAUUAUUAGCUGCUAUGGGACCUUGGUGGAGCACCUGAUGGAGCCACGGCCACUUAGCACUGCACCCAAGAUUAGUGAUGACACCCCACUGGAAAUGAUGACAUCACCUCGAGCCAGCUGGACUCUGGUUAGAACGCCUCAAUGGAAUGAAUUGCAGCCACCAUUUAAUGCAAACCACCCUCUGCUCCUCGCUGCAGAUGCUGUACAGUAUUACCAGUUCCUGCUUGCUGGCUUGGUUCCCCCUGGAAGCCCUGGGCCCAUUACUCGGCACGGGUCAUAUGACAGUUUGGCUUCUGACCACAGCGGACAGGAAGAUGAAGAAUGGCUUUCUCAGGUAGAGAUUGUAACGCACACUGGACCCCACAGGCGGCUGUGGAUGGGUCCACAGUUCCAGUUCAAAACCAUCCAUCCCUCAGGCCAAACCACCGUCAUCUCUUCCAGUUCAUCUGUGCUGCAGUCUCAUGGUCCAAGUGAUACUCCACAGCCCCUUCUGGAUUUUGAUACAGAUGAUCUUGAUCUCAAUAGUCUCAGGAUCCAGCCGGUCCGCUCUGACCCAGUCAGCAUGCCAGGGUCAUCCCGUCCGGUCUCUGAUCGAAGGGGAAUUUCCACCGUGAUUGAUGCUGCCUCAGGAUGUUAGAAGAUGAAAUUCAGCUUAACAGUGUGGAAAAAUUUAGCUCAGCACAAUUAAGAAACAAAUGAUUGUCCCACUUGAAGAUGAAGAAACUGUAAACAGAAGUAGAAGAAGCUGUUGGGAAAGUUUUUCCUGAUGGCACAUGGCUUCUUUGAAUAAAUCUUUGUGUCAACUGAAACCUUGCCUUUGCUUUCUCUAUUGCAAGCGCCAGGUCCUUGUUGCGACUUUAUGUCUUUCUAAGCAUUUUCAGAAGGAGUUGAUGGAAUUCUCCCUACUGUUGAUAGACCACAGCAGCACGUAUUUACAUGGGGCUUUUUGGCUAAAAGGCCCGACUUUUCUUUUUUGUACCUUUAUGACUAUAUCUUUAAUACAAGGCUGGACUAUUUAUGUAGUCUGUUGCCUGAGACUGUGGUGGCAGAGGGACAAUAUUGGGGGCAGUAUUAGAAUUUGUUUAAGUCUGAACCGGGAAUUCCAUUUGUCUUAGUGACAUUAGUGUCAAACUGUUAGUGCCACACUAUUUUAAAUUGUGUCCAAGAGCCCGAGAGGCCGAGGCUCAUAGGUGUCAUCUAUAAACUUGGAAACAAACAAAGAGCCUCUCUCCACUGAACGUGGAAGCCGAGCGAGCAAUUAAAGAGCAGCCGGGACCUUGCCCGGGCAGCUCGUCGGAACCAGAGCUCACGGGAGUCCCCUGGAUAUUGUUGGAAGCUGUCAGAGAGAAGCUAAAGCAAAUAAUCAAAGUGAAAAUAAUUGUUCCUGGGAAAAGACUUGUUUUGGAAGCUAAGUGUAGUGGAAAGAAUCGUGACUAGUAACUUUGGAAUCGUUGGUUCUAGUCUUAGCUCUGCCUGUAACCAUCUGUUUGGCCUACCACUUCAGAACUCAAGGCUUUCUUCCAUAAAAUGAGGGAUCGAAAUAAAUUAUUCCCAAACUCCCUCCCAGCUAAAAAAACCCAAUUAAGUGUGUGCUUUGGAUCACCCUUGAAGAACUUUUAAAUGUUAGGAUAUAAUUUACACAUUAACAAGCACGCACAUAUCUUAAUCAUACAGCUUGAAUUUUUAUACCCAUGUAAUCACCAUCCAGAUCAAAAUUAGAAUGUCUUUAUCAUUCCAGAAAGUUCCCUUAUGCUCCCUCCAUCCAUUACCACCUCCGACCAGAGAUUACCACUCUUUUAUCAUCACAGAUUAGUGUUGUCUCUAUUGAACUCCACGUCCAUGAAAUCAUUCUGUACCUACUCUUUUGUGUUUGGCUUCUCUUAUUCAACUUAAUGUGUCUAGACUCAUCCAGGUGUUACAUGUGUCACUAGUUCAUUUUUUUAAACAUAUUGCAGUGCAGUAUGAAUAUAACACAGUUUAUGUACCCAUUGUCCUGUUAUUUGCAGUUUUAGGCUUAUGAAUAAAGCUACUUUAAACUUUCCUGUAUGUCUUUUUUUUUAACAUAUGCACUCAUAUUUUUUGAUCAUAAAUGUAGGACUGGAAUUGUUGUCUCACAAAGUAGGCAUAUGUUUAGUUUUGUUAGGAGCUGCCAGGAAAGUAUUCCAAAAUGAUUAUACCAGUUUCACUGUUAAUAGCAAUGUGUGAAUCCUGACUGGUGUGGCUCAUUGAGUUGGGUGUUGUCUUGUGAACUGAAAGGUCGCUGGUUCAAUUCCCAGUCAGGGCACAUACCUGGGUUGCAGGACAGGUCCUGGUUGGGAGCAUGAGGCAACCAACUGACGUUUCUCUCUCACACAUCAAUAUUUCUCUCCCUCGUUCUCUCCCUCCCUUCCUCUUUCUCUAAAUAUAAAUAAAAUCUUACAAAAGCAGUGUGUGAGUCAUUCCAGUGAAUAUACACUGUGAUUUUAAUUUGCUUCUCUUCAGUGUAUACUGAUAUUGAGCUCCUUGAAUACAGGUGGGGCAAAAGGAGGUUUACAGUUGUGAGUAUACAAAACAGAGUUCAUUCUUGUAUUAUUAUUUAUUAAUUAUUUGUAUUAUUAUUAUGAACAAGUGUAAACCUAGUUUUGCCCUACCCUGUAUUCUUAGUGGUCAUUUGAAUGUCUUAUUUUGUAAUGAAUUUAUGAACUCUUUCACAAAUUUUUAUUGGGUCUGUGGCCUGUUUUGAAUUUCAGGUGUUCUUUAAAUAUUCUGGAUGCAUGUCUGUUACAUAUUUUGAAAAUAUUUCCUUUCAUUUUAUUGCCUUUUCACUUUCUUAUUGGUGUUUUUGACAAGCAGAGUCCAGUUUUUCCAUUGUUUUUCCUUUUAUGCUUUUUAUAGAAAUUUUUUCCUUUCAGUCUUGAAGCAAUGCUUGUCUCUAGUUAUUGUAUAGUUUUGGCCAUUGCAUUUAUCUCUACAAUCAUUUUCAAAUUAUUUUUUAUUAUGAUAUGAGGCAAGGAUCGAAGGUUAGUUUUUUCCAUACAGAUAUCCAGUUGCUCCAGCGCUAUCAGAAAGACAUGCCUUGCCCUGGUUGGGAGGCUCAGUAGGUUGGAGCAUUGUCCCAUGCACCAGAAAAUUGCAGGUUCAAUUCCCAAUCGGGGCACAUACCUAGGUUGUGCAUUUUAUCCCUCAUCAGGGCACAUACAGAGGCAACCAAUCAAUGUUUCUCUCUCACCUAUCCUCUCUCUCUCUGUCUGCAUGUGCGUGUGCAUGUGUCUCACAUCACUGAGAAACAUAUUCUUGGGUGAGAAUUAAAAAAAAAAAGACAUGCCUUCCCCCCAAAUGAAUUUCAGAUGCUUUUUAAAAAACCCUAUUUUUUUCUGGAUCUUCGAUUCUGUUCCAUUAAUUUAUAUUAUGUCUUUACACCAUUAUCAUACUGUUUUAGUUACUAUAGCUUUCUAGUAAGUUUUAAAAUCUAGCAGGUUAAUGUAUUGGCUGUUCUAGAUUCUUCACGUUCCCAUACACACGUAGAUGAACAUACAUGCCAGUGGUUCAUGGUGUGGCCCCUGGACCUUGGAAGUCUCCAAGACACUUUGAAGCAACCUUUGAGCAAAAAUUAUUUUUAUAAAAAUGUGAAGUCAUGAUUUGCCUUUUAAAAAUACUGUGUUGACAGUUAAUACAGAUGGCACAGAAGCAAUGGUGGAUAAACCUGAUGGAACCUUAGCAUAGUAAAAGCACUGUCACAAAACUAUGCUUGCAGUUGAUGUUACUCACAUUUGGGAAAAAAAGCUAUAAUUAAGAAUAUCUUUGAUAAAACAUCGAUCAUUACAUUUAUUAUAAAAUUUUGAAAAUUAAAACAUAAUUAAUUUUAUUAAAUUUUGCUGCUUGCAAACUUCUUUUUAAUAUUCUCUGUACCACAGUACAUGUUAGUUGUGCUAAGGAGAUGCACUUGUCUGAUGGUUGUGAGUUGACCUAGCAACCAUUUUACCUCCAAAAUAACCAACAAACAGUUUAUUUAGACUCAAGUAUUUGGCACACAGUUUCUCAAAAAUAAACAAAGUAAGCCAGCUGGUUCAAAAAAACCCUGAAACCUGACAUUUAUUACCAAUGAUAAAAGUCUAGUCUUUACUUGAAAAUUAGAAAUUUAAAAAUCACAUAUUCACAUGUAUUUACCACUGUCUGCUUAACAGGUUGCUAGUAUUUAAAGACAUUUUUGAUAAGACAGGUGGUGAUAUUAACAAGAGUGAUAUUUUUAUGUCAUAUAAGACAAAUUGACAUUUGAAAGAUCUGUAAUGUUUUCAAAAUGACCAGUUUUAUAUGACAAAACUAUGGGUAAUGCACUCAUUCCAAGGGUAAGAUGGGAAAAAGAAUAGGAAGUUAAUUCAUAGGGUUUCCGAGAUCAUUGCAACUCACUUGUUAAGUGUCAUAUUAAUGAAGGAUAUCCCCCAAAUCUGAAAAGGUUCAGAAUCUGAAUAUGCUCCAUCUUUUUCCAGUUAGAUUUUUUGGGUGAGGCCAACUUGUCUUCACGUUACCCAAACACACAUCACAGCGGAUUGAAUGCAUAAGCUGAUAUGAGAACCUACCUGUUGUCUGUUUCAACGUUUUCUACCCCAAAAGUAAAAAUGCUACUUAUUUUAAUGCAGAAAGGGUUUCUUGGUGUUUUCCAACGAGUUAAAAAUAAAUGGUUUUGAGGUUGAUAGAUACAAUGCACAUAAGUCAAAACUCUUUGUAGUUCUCAGUUUUUAAGAGUAUAAAGGGGUCCUGAUUCAAAAAAAUGUUUGAAAACCAUUGAUAUACUGAUGUGUGUAUGUGUGUGUGCAUGUGUAUCCUCAUCCACAUAUACAUUAACUAUAAAUUUAUCUCUAUAGAAAUUUAAGUGAGAUUUGAUGAUAAUUUCAUUGAAUUUGUAAUCAGAUUGGGAGAAUUAAUAUCUUAUAAUUAUUAAAUUCUUCAGUAUAUGAACCUCUUAUAGCUAUCUAUUUUUUUAGGCUUCUUUAAUUUCUCCUAAUUGUUAUGUUUCAGUGUAGAAGUCUGAAACAUAUUUCGUAUUAUUUAUUUCAAUUAUUUGAUGUUUUGAUGUUAUAGUAGAUUUUAUUUCCUCUUUCAGGUUUUUUAUAACUUACAGACUGCAGUAUUUUUUGUAUGUUGAACUUCUAUCCAGAAACCUUUCUAAGUUCAUGUAUUAAUUCUAGUAGAUUCCUUUGAAUUUUCACUAUGCAAUCAUGUUAUCAUCAUAAUAUCUGCCAAUAAAGAUGGUUUAUUUCUUUUCGGUCUUUAUACCUUUUGUUUCUUUUCCCCCUUUAUACUUGCUUAGACAUGUAGUACAAAAUGUUGACUAGAAGUGAUGAUAUCGAACAUUCUUGUCUUCAUCUGAAAAAAUAUAAGAUCUUAAAUAAUUCAUUGAAUGAGCUUAAUAGCUGUAAUUACAAGCAGAAGAAGAAAGGACCAGAGACUCCAGAACCAGUCAGAAAUGACCAAUACAGAAGCAGAACGCAGUGUAAGAAGUAUGGGAGUGAAUACGAAACUGUCCGACAUGUUUCAUUGUCACACAUGGGUGACAAGAAGGAAAGAGGAGGGCAGAAGGAAAGAAGGGCCAAGAAUUUUCCAACAUGAACUAAAGAUGUCCACUAAAAGUUUCAAGAAGCUCCCUGUCCCCAUGUAGGAUAAACACAAAGGAAACCAUACCUAGGCAUAGCACAGUCCAACUGCUGAAAUAUAAAAAUCAUAGUAAUUUUAAAAGCCUAUGUUUCUUUGUUGGCUUCAUAUUUGGGUGAGGUUUUAGAGCUUUGACAAAGUCAUGGUGAUUUUUAAGUUUCUUUGGCAGUAUGAGAUCCCCGUCUCCAGUGAUCUAGGAGAAAUCUUCAGGAUUUAUGUUUUGUUUUUUAAGUAAAAGAUACGGGAAACAAGUCUGUGUUCCCACCACUGUGCUAGGUUUUCUCAUGGCUCCUCUCAUUUUGUCAUAUUUAAUCAGGGUCUCAGGUCCAUUUCAGAAGUAUGCUAAGAGUGAGACAUAGGACUCCUAGCUCCGGAUGAUUAAAAUUACUUAAAAGUGCGUCGUGGUGACACCUCACAAAAGUCCAAACCUUUUUUUUUUUACCUUGCCUGAUCAAAUAUUCACCUCAAAACACUGUAGGCUGAAAUGAGCCAUGUGAGAGUUGAAGAGAAUCAACUAUUCAGGUGGUGAAAAUGUGUGAAUGCAGCUGACAGAUGAAGUUCCAGUACAAUGAACUCCCAGCUUGUCCUUAUGGCUUCAGGCAACAACUGACAGGCCCGGCUGGUCAUUGCCUUUCCAUUUCUGGCAUUGAUAGGAUGGAAAAUUCUUAGUGUGACAGAUACUUAAAAGCUGUCCCUGUUAUAGUGGAUACAAACAGCGCUGGAGGGUCCUUUUUGCAUAGAGAUGUAAUCAAUAUGGUCUAGAGUUCUUGACCCAGACCUAUAAUUAUCUGGACUGUUAUAAAGGUAGCUUGUUGUUACAGAAAAUGCUUAUAUUCAGAACUUAGGGACUAAGUUAUGAAUGGAAAGAAGGAAAAUAGAGGCUUUGUCCUUCUAUACUUGACAGUAUUUUGAAGGCUAACAGAAUAAUCACAGAGCAGGGUAUUCUUACAGGAUUAGAACAUUGGAUCUUUAGGAUUCGGGGUGCUGGAAGUCUACCUCUCACCUCCAAUGCUAUCCUGAUACCCGGCAAAAGUGGGGACGUUAAUGUUACGCAGCUUGUGAUUGGGAUUUUUUUGAGUACCAAAAUGGAAUUUUUUCAUUGAUUCAGAUACUUGCAUUUGAAGUGCAGCUUAAACAACACAUUUGAGUUUGGUCUUUUCCAGCUGCUAAAGUUAUGCUGAGAAAAGAAAUAGUGUAAGCAGAUAUUAAUGGCAUUCUUGGUCCAGGGGAAAGAGUGGAUUGAAGGAGACAACACUGGUAGCAAGUCUUCAGUCACUCUCUUUACCAGUGAUCAUUUAAGUACAUUUAGAUUGAGAUUAAUGUGCCACCUGAAAAUAGUAAACAUGCAGACAUAAAGGGAUUUAACAGUAGAUGUGGAUUCUGAUUCCUGUGUCAGUUUUUGGCUUAAGAUACCUCUGGAGGGCAUUGUUAUUGGAUAACCCCGUGUAGGGUGCUCUGAUAAAUAGGGAGAAAGUAGUACCUUGUGAUAAAGAGCUUUUUGAGAACAGGGGCUGUCUUUGUAUUUCCGCAUGCCUGGUACUGUGCCUGCCACAGAGGCAGAGCAGAUGAUCGGUAUUUGUUGCAUUGUUGAUUUCUCAUAAACAUAAGGCUAGAUAUACCACCAUAAAGUGAUGAAAAUGUAAUACUGCUGCAUGUUUAUAUCUCUGUUCCCUCACUUAAACCCAGAAAAAGUAGACCUCACCUAGAGUCUUUAACAGGGUUGCCCUUAGGUUCAUGGUCACGAUUCCUUUGUUCAGGCCCUUGGUAAACGGUGAUGAGUUGAAAUAUUUUGCAGAGCAUUUCAAAUGAUCUUUUAUGUUAAUUUUAAAAAGCAUUAUUAUUUUUAAGUAGUAUUUUUCUCACUUUUGAUAGCUUUUAUAUAACCAGAUAAGAAAAAUAAAGGCAUUAUGACCCUCAACUCCACUGUGCUUUGGUCUUAUUAGACUAGCAUGGAAAUUUGUGCUUUAAGGUUAUCUUCACUGUAGCCAAUUCCUGCUUUCUGGGAUCUGUCAUUAAGCCUGGCAAACUUCCAGUGAAAGGAAUGGCCUUACUUUUGUCUUUUGGUCACACCAAGCUAGCUUUCAGACUCAACAUUGUAUGAAUAUUCAGGGCUGUCUCUUAAGCCAGCCUGUCUUAGUCAUGGGCCCAGGAUGUUGGCCUACAGGAACGUGACCUAACUUCUGUUAAGCCAGAACAUUUUGUUGAGAAUCACCACCAUUUCAGUAACGUCCCUCUGCACUUGAGUGGUACAUGUGCUCUAGGCAGCCCUGGGGGACGUGGUAUCUGGAGUCUUCAACCGGUCUUAAUUUCUGUGUUCUAAGAAUAUCGGAGAGGCUGCAGUUAUUCUGUAAAUGCUCAGUGUGAAGAUGGUAGGAAAGAACAAAAGUUGCACUUGAAACUCAUUGAACUCCUCAGUUAGUGCUCCCUUCUUUAGAUGAGUUUACAGUUUUUCAUUUAAGGAACGUUUGUAUGAUUGAGAAGGGAAAAGACUCUUCUACCGUCUGUUUUUCUCCACCUAAAUAGGCUGCUCAGUGCAUCCACGGUAAUCCCAUGACAUUCUCUUAUCAAGCUGACUUUUCCAAAGUUCGAAAUUUGAUAGCUGUGUUGGCCCCAGGUCCUCGAUCAGAGUACCUAAGCCAGCGAGGCCUUAGUACCAUUUUGGGAUGGUGUCUGAAACUUUUCAUUUGCCUCGAAACCUGUUCCUAAUUUCACUCUUUAUUCCAAAUACCCCCAUUGAUUAAAUUAAUUGCUUUCCCCUCUGUUCUUCAACUUUUACUGUUGUGUUUAUCACCUCAUAUUAAAGUUAGUUGGGAACCAUUUCCCAUUGUAGACUGUGAACGCAUCUCUGUGUUCCCACGGCACCCUGAAUGGUUCCGACACGUAACAGGCACUCAAUAAAUGUUAAUGGAUUCAACAUUUCAGCAUGAAACAUUGAAACCAAACUUUCACAUUCGACUGGACAUCGGAGGGGAACUGAGUGACAAGAGAACACAAGCAAGGAGACUUUUUUAGAACACGUGCAUGUAUUAUCCACGUGAAACAUAAACAAAACUCUCUUUUUAACACCUAGCAAAUUUUUCAAAAUUUGACAGGUUACUAUGGCAAGUUAUUAUUGUUUCUUUGUUUACACAGAUGAAGAAACUGAGGAUAAGGGAUGUUAAAUAACAUAACAGUUGUCAGGUAGCUAAUGGGCAGAAGAGCAAAGAUGUGAAUCUGUGAACCCUUCAUUAUUUCCAGGAGAUUAAACAGCAGAUUGGCCAUCACAGCCUGCCGUGAUUUUGUUCUUACUGUCAGCAGGUAGCAGCAGGGCGUGUAUGUGGCGUAGGAACUACCCUUCUGUGUUCUUUCUAAUUAAUACGUGUGUCAGAGACAGCACCAGCUCUCUUGAGCGGCACCGCCACUUUAAGGGGCCACUGACCAAACCUCUUUGGGGAGGUUUUGAUGACUGAGGUUGCCUGCUUGGCUAACGGACUUGGACUCGACCCUUUAAGCCGUACUCAUUUGUUUUCAGCUAAGAAAGCCACUCUCUAUCAGGUAAUGUUUUUUCAGGCUGAAAAAGGCUUUCCAUAGAGAAUGGUGAUUGCCCAAGGUCACAUUUCUUUUCCAUCUAUUUGUGAGAAAAUGCAAACUAAAGGAAUUGUGUUUGUAAUGCCCAAUUUAUUCUAUAAUUGGGGGCUGGGAGUAGGUGGCAAAACUGGUUCUAUUCCUCUCAAAAACAUUGUUAAUUGUUUUUUCAAAAUAUGGAUUAAAGUAUAAAAGAAGCCCCCCAAAGCCCUGAUUCUAAAUGAACCGCACACCUUGGUCUUCUGUUAUGGCAUCACAUAUGAGUGUGGAUUCCCGCUGGGCCUUUGUGGGCCUUUAUACGCUACAAUGUUUAUUGCUAUAAGAACUAUGAGUUCUUUCUUUUCUUUUUAAGAAUUUAGAUUUUAUUUAUUUUUAGAGAGAGGGGAUGGGAAGGAGAAAGAGAGGGAGAGAACAUCAGUGUGUGGUUGCCUCUUUCAUUCCCCCUACUGGGGACCUGGCCUGCAACCCAGGCAUGACUGGGAAUUGAACUGGCAACCUUUUGGUUCAUAGUCCCACACUCAAUCCACUGAGCCAUACCAGGCAGGGCAGAAUCCUAGGAGUUCUUAGCUGCUUUGAAACUUGUAAGAGCUGUUCAAAUCUCAUCCAGUAGACUUGUGUUUUCAUAUGUUAAACUUUAUUUUCUUUCUUUUGUUUGUUUCUUUCUUUCUUAGUGUAGCUUUCUCAGAAAAACCUCUCCACCUCAAAUUCUGAACAAUAAUAUCUGGUUUUCAAUAAACUUAAGAAGAAGCACUCGGAUAUGAAACUAUACCUGAAAGAUAGAUGAUGUUUUUGUUUUUCUUUUCUUGUCCAUUAAUCCUUGUCCCAGGAUAUAUGGGAUCUUUAACUGGCCCACAUUAUGCCUGUUUUUCCACCUGUUCCAAAAUGGUAACUAAAUUUUGCCUUCUAUCUGGUCAAAAUACUAAUAAAUUAAAGGCUCUGGGGAGAUGCUUCUAUCAGCUCCUGCUGUUGAUAGUGGAAUUUUCACUCUAGCUUGCUUCAGCACUGUGCUUUUAAGAAUGAACACUAUGGUUUAUUUUUAACCAAUGAUUUUAAGAAUAAAGAGAAAUUACUAAAGAAUCCCAAGGACUAUAGUAUCAUUAACAUUUACAAAAAUAGCUACAUGGAAAUUAGAUGUUCUUGACUGACACAGAAGUGUUUUAAGAGUGUGGUCAUGAAAAUUAAAUUAAUAUAAUUUUGAAUCAUGCGCUUCCUUACUUAUGAAGGAAACCUGUGUCGUCUGGGAAACUUACAGAAUUAAAAGGGAGUGAAUAGGAUAUUUAAUAUCUUUACUUAUUCCUUGUGUUAUAUGCAGCCCAUACAAUUUCUCUGCUGCAUAUUGAAUUUUAUAUAAUGAAUAAUAGUGGCUGUUGGUAACAUUUGAUUGCUUAAUGUACUGUGCUAAGCAUUUCACGUGCAUCACCUUCUUUAGUCUUCACAAAAAUCCUAUGAGGUGAAGGUAUUGUUUCAAUUUACUUUUUUCAGAAAAAGAGCUAUGGCUCCGGAAAUUAUGUACAAUAUACUACUUUCCACUUUGACAGUGCCAUCAGAAUUUGUCAUGAACAUUUUUAUAUAGAUCUUUAUUGAAAUAUGUAUUUGAUCAAUGCAUUUUUAGAAUAAACAUGUUUGUAGUAGAAGCUCACUGACCUUGUGGUCAAAUGCAGAUUGAUUUCUACUUCAGUAGCUGACCAGGUGUAUAGCCUUCAGUUACUUCGUCCUUAGGAAGAGCGUUAAAACACCUUUGGCCUGUGAUGUGAAAUUUCGUAGAUAAAUAUAGCAUUCUGAUAGCUUCUGACCACAGUUCAGGCACAUAACAAAUAAAUGUUAGGUCGCUGUUACUUUAUUUUAAUAUAAUAGUAAUAGCUUUUACUAUAUCCCAGAGUUUUUUAUUUGCUCUUUAUGUAUAUCGUUUAUUCCUCAUGGCCACCCUAUGGAGAAUGGCUAUACUAUUGUCCUCAUUUAUACCUGAGGAAACCAACUUAGAAAAGUGGUGGGGCCCAGCUUGUUGGUCAGGCAGUCUAAUUCCAGACCUUGGAUAUUUUUUACCUAAUAUUUUUACCUAAUAGGGGAUUUUCUCUGAGGAUGUUUUCUAAUAGGUUAGAUUCUGAUAUUUUGGGCCGUGGUCUAACUCCCAGCAGUUUUUAUCGCACCCCUCCUUCUCUACCAUCAGUUCUUCCCUUUUUAGAUUUUGACAGUAUGACAAUUCCUGGCCCUCAGUUGAUUUCUACAGUAAGUUUGUUACGUUAGAUGUUCAGAGACCCUGUUGACUGGAAAAUCUGUGAGCCUGUACUGUUUGAUAUGUUUCUAGUAUUUUCAGGCAGCUGUCCCUGUCCUUUCGAGAAAUGGCAGCCAUCCCCUGUGGCUUACUGAGAAAUAUGUUGACUUCUUUCUAUACUGAACUGAAAUUAGCCAUUUUACUGGGUUUUUGGUGAGGACUACAGAAUGGGAAUUCAUUCCUCAAGCCUGUCUUAAAAAAAAAAGAGCCCCAAAAUAGUUCUCCCCAAAUGUGUUUGACCUUGGUCGGGUUUGUUUUUUUCAUGUAACUAGAGUUUGCUCAGCCUCCAAAAGACUAGGAGAUGGAGGCAUUUCGUUUGCCUGACGAGUGACCAUUCCCCUGAGCAUGUAGGCCUGGCUGCUGCAUCUGUCUCUGACUCUCUCUUCAUAUGUCAUCGUCUCUCUUUUGCCCUUUUCCCCCUCUGCCUCCAUUUGUCUGUCUUUUGUUUCCAUUUCUCCCUCCUAGGUUCGAGCUUUCUAUUUCAAUAAUUAUCUUUUAUAUCUGUAAGCAAAAAACUUCCAAGGAUGCUGAAUCUGUCAUUAUUUUUACAGCACUGCUUACAUGCACAGAAGAUUUCAGCAUGGCUGUAAAGUUUGUCCUUGGCAUGCAUUGGGCAGAUGGUUUUUCGCCUGGGUGAGACUUUUCACUGGGAUCAUGAAAGGGUUGGGGCCUCACUGCCUCCCCACUCUUUCUUCUUCCAGUAUGAUAUUAGUGGUUUUAGCUCUUGUUGACCCUUCUAGAAACCAAAGCUUUACAGCCUAUUAGAGCUUAGUGUGGAUUUUUUUUAUGAUAUGUUGGAGAGAAAGAAAGAAAGCUCCUCUAAAGUUACAAAUGGUUUCAUUUACCAAAAUGACUAUUUCUCUUGGAAAGUUUUAUCAUUUCUUUAAAAUUUCCAGGAGUUGGGUGGGCUUGAUAUCCUCCCUCCCACUCUACCGCCCCACCCACACUCUCACAUUGGCAGAGACCUUGAGCUUUAAGCAUAAUUCCAGGCGCCUCUGAGAUAAAUUAUCGACCAAAGAGUAACCAAGACACACUUUUCUGCUGUUAUUUUAAAGAAACUUUUCAGGUGAAAUUAAAGUAAGGACAAAAUACUACAGGCUUAUUAUUUCUAGGGAUUUUAUUUAUUUAUUUUUAGAGAGGGGAAGGGAGGGAGAAAGGGAAACAUCAAUGUGUGGUUGCCUCUUGUGUGCCCUCUACCUGAGACCUGGCCUGCAACCCAGGCACGUGAACUAGACUGGAAAUGGAACUGGAGACCCUUUGGUUUGCAGACCAGUGCUCAAUCCACUGAGCCAUACCAGCCAGGGCUACAGGCUUAUUUUUUACUUCUUCAUUUGUAAAACAUAGGACAAACACUCUGAAACAUCAGUAAUUACUAUUUCAAGCAAGCUUGGGGGAUUGAGAAUGUCUGUGCUUUUCAGAUCUGUGCUUAAUAUCGUACUUCAUCAUUUAUUGGGUCAAAUAACCAUCUCAUUGACUUAGGAUCUGUGCUGGUGCCUUGAGCUCCAAAUCAGAUAUUACACGAAACCUUGUGAGAGAUUCUCUGCAUUGCCCGGUUUCUGCUUCAUUAAAGGAGGUUAUUUAAGCAUCGUUAUUUUCCCAAGGUACCUGAAGGCUUUAAUGACAUGAAAAAUAUUUGCGCUCUCUGUAAAAAUAAUACUUAAAUAUUUUAUGUUAUGAUUUGCUGAUCGAAGUAACUUCGCCCUCCAAUGUGAACUUCUGAUGGGUACACAGGGAACCACUGUAGGAACAGAAGGAUUUCUUGGCCCAAGUAAGGAAUGUCCUUCAGUAAUGUACCCAGAUUAUAUCAUAAAUGUAGGCAUGGUUGAGAAGAGGGAAAGUUGUGCGUUAUCUUUUACCACGAGCUGUGUAUAAUUUGUACUUCAGGUACCUCCAUUGGCUUCCUCCCUGCUGUUGGCUCAGCUGUGGCUUUUAAUGGAGCUGUAGCCGCACCUCCCCUCUUUCAUCCCUCCCUUUUUAUGAGAAUAAAAAGUAAAUUGGGUGCUAUUUAAAUAUUCCCUACUUAUGUUUAUUGAAAACUACCCUGCCGCAGGGCGUAGCGCUUUGAAAAACUGCCUCACUGUAGCCCAGUGUUCCACCCACGUGGUUGCCCCCGCAAGCCUGGACUUUGUUUUCCUCGGACCUUUAAUUUCUUUCAACCAAAUGAUCACAGAAAGACUUAGGAGGAACCUCGUUUCAUUUGUGAGGUUUUUAAUAAAAGUUAAGUGGAGUGUGGCUGGAAAAGCAAACCCGUGGAAAGCCGUGGCUGUGCCCACACUAGAGGAAGCCCUACGGAACUCUCAGACUUCCUGCGUCCCGUGCUGGGGCGCAGGCCCAAACCGGGAAGGCGGGAGGAGUUCUGCGCAGGCCCACCGGGGGAAGGAGAGGGAGUGAGGGUCACGUGGUUGAAUUCAUUUGUCACUUGUGUUUUAUUUAAAAGUUUGUCCUGCUUAUAUGUAUAUGAUCUUAGUAGAAAUUUUUGAAAAUACAAAAAGGUAUAAAUAAAAUUUAAAAACUAAUUUUGUUCCACAGAUAUAAUUCUUUUAACAUUUUGAUAUGUAAUUUCUUAGUGUC